CCUCAUUUCUUUUUUUCGUUUUUUCGCAGAUUCGGAGUCAUCAGAGCAUCCAUUUAUAUCUUCUCAGAUCAGAUCCUCCAUACUGAAUUCAAAAUGAGGAUCGUCGACCCCCAAUCCGCCGUUCUCACCAACAUCGAAGUCCUUGCCUAUGUCACGGCGAACCCGCCGCGCCGACCUCCUAACCCGCCUCCGAACUCGAGGAAUUGGGUCCCGAGUCCGGAUCUGAGGGAUCAUAAUACUGUUGUUAAAGAGAUACACAAUUACAUAGCCCGUCUCUCCCCCCACCUACUCCAUUAUCCACGAUACACGCCCCCCGGCAUCCCUGCGCCUACGCCUACCUCCUCAACCACGCAAACCCAAACCCAAACACACACACAGAAUACCUCAGACCCCCAAUCGCAAAUACAAACACAAAUCCCCCCGGCGCGCCUAAACGCAAACACGCCCAUCGACGACGCCCUCCGCAGCCUAAUCACCCAGUUACAGCCCUACGGGCUCACGAAAGGAGAAGUCCUCAUGAUUGUGAAUCUGGGUGUUGGGGUGCAGGGGCCUGGGGCUGAUGGUCCUGGAGAAGGGGAGGGGGAGGGAGAGGCAGAGGCAGAGGGGGCAGAAGAGGGGCAAGGUGAAGAGGGGGCAGAAGGUGCAGAAGAGGGAGGGGAAGAGAUGACCAAUGGCACAGCGGCUGAAGGGCAGGGCGAGGAGAUGGAUGUAGAUGCCGUCGAAGGAGGAGGGGAGGAAGGAGGCGAGGAAGUACCAGAGGAAGAUUACGGGCCGUUGGCGCUGCUGGAUACGGUGAUUGAGGAGCGGGAUGAGCGGUUGAGUGAUGAGGAUGUGAGGGCGGUGUUGGCGAUUAUUAGAGAGACGUUGGGUGGGGGGCAGUGA